UGAUUUUGCAGAUCCCCAAUAUUACCUCUCAUUAAAUAACUACAAGGUGUGGGAAUCACAUUGUUGUGUGAGCAAAGGGAAGGGGAGAGUGGGUUUCUCUCUCUAUAUAUAUAAAAAGUAAAAACACGCGCACACACAGACACACCCAACACAUUUUAGUGUGCGAGUCACAGGGCAAGAGAUAGGGAUAUCGUCAUCUUCCUCAAUUCUUAAUUCCUUUACCCAUCUCUGUUCCCAAUAACAGGGCAGGGCUUUGGUCUGGUAAAACCUUGGAAGUGAGUGCCAUAAAGAUAGAAAGAUGGGGAGGGGGGGAGAGAGAGAGAUGACAUGGUUCUCAAUUUUUGAAAAGCGCUCAGAUUGCAUCCCCAUUCUUUAUAUUGUACUUAAUUCCUUACAUCAAAUGUGACCGUUUUAUGCUUCAAAGGAUCCGCUUUUCUCGCUUCUUCAUCUGCAUAAUAUAUACCCUUUAAAAGCUUGCAUAGCUUUUCAUGCCAAAGCCUCCUGCAUCCCUGUCUUUCUCUUCAGAUGAUCUAAGAGAGCUUCUGGUACUGUCAUUUUCAACCUCAUUUGUUUGAGACGACUACUUUUUCCAGGCCAUAUCUUUUUUCCUGUUUCUCAAGUUCGAGGUCAUCGUCAUCGUCAUCUUAAGGCAGACAUAACAAGCUUAACAAGCUUACCAAUUAUGGGGAAGGAAUGGUAUUGGACUGGAAGAUCAUCAAAACGAGGGGAAGGAGGAGACGCAGAUGCACAGAACCCGUCAGGCUGCAUGUGUGCUUUCUUUCAGUUCUUUGAUUUUCAUCCUCUCCACUUUCCCAUUCAACAGCAGCAACCUUCUUUCAAGCUUCCCUCUGACAACCCAGAAGCCCAGAGCAUCCCAAAAGGAGCUGAAGCACCUAGAAAUAGCUUCGAAUCAGAGGAUGGUACAAUGUCCUUUAUCUCAAAAGAGGAAGAUUUAAAAAUUCCGAAGAGAAUGCAAAUUAAAACGAGCAGAAGAGCCAAGGGAGGAAGUGGGAGCGAUCUUUCAUCAGAAAUCAGCAACUCUCCAUGUACAAAAACACCAACUUUGGUUGCCAGAUUGAUGGGUUUAGAUCUUCUUCCAGAUGUUCAAUCUCCUCCUUCUUCUUCAUCAUGUAUAUCUACUCCGAACACGCAGGGGAAUUCGCGCCUUCACCGUUAUAAACAGAGGCAAAACAUCCUAACAAAACCCAGAAAGAGUACAGGCAGUGAUAUUGCCCCUUCUCGUUCCUUGCCUGAGACUCCUAGAAUAUCCUCUGCAAGAAGAUCUGAUGCUGAUCCUAGGCUAUCUCUCCAAAUCAACAAAGAAAAUCUGGGUCUUGGUGAGGAGUCGGAGCUCCCUAGAUUCUCAUUUUCAAAAAGGAAAUUCGAAGAGCAAAGCUGCAGAAGUCCAAGCCAUUAUGCGAGACAAAUCGUUAAACAGGUUAAAGAAAGUGUGAGCCGGCGAGUUGGGCUUGACAUCACCAACACUGUAAAAAGCAGAGAGCAACCUAAAGAGGAACUUCUUGUCCAAAUCAGAGUCAAGAAAUCUCCAAAGGCGUCACUGAAAGUAAAAGAUGAAUCCAGUCCCGGAGAGAACCCAUGUCCACCUAGUUCUUCCCCAAGGCUCAGAUUUAUGGAAGCGAAGCAGAAGCCAACCACCAAACUCCCAUCGCCACUCAACCCAAAAGAUCAAAAUUCACACCCAGUAAAACUGCCAUCACAUCCACCAAUCAACAUUCAACAGCAGAAUCGAAGAGUUUUGACUAAGUCAAAGCCUCAAGCAUUUGCCGCGCAGGAGUUGCAAAACCAGAAAUCGGUCCCAAAAUGCAACAAAGAUGCCAAUGAAAGGUUUAGUGCAAGGCUCAAAAAACCCCGUCAAACAUCAGAUUUUAACAGAAACAAGCAGGAAGAGCUUUUCGUUCGCCCUCCAGGUCCAUCACCCACCAGAGCCAGUGACACCAAGAGUAAAAGCAAGAGAACAAGCAAUCUUCUCAACCUCACCAGGAUACCAAAUCUUCGUCCCGUCAAGACAGAUCCUUCUCCUCAAGAGACCAAAAUUCCUCAGAAACAGCCACAGGAACCAGAUGUUCAACGAUCAAAACGCAGCACACAGUUAUCUAGUUGUCCGCGCCAAACGUACAAACAGGAAGCGAAAUGGAUACUCGCCACCCGAGAAGACAACGACGAAGAAGACGACAAACCUAACGGUGCACCCACAACCGGAGCCUGUGGACCAUCAGAGCUUGAGUACGUCACAAACAUAUUGAGCCGUACCACUGAGGAAAACGAAGGUGCCAGAAAUCGAGUGUCCUUACACUCUUCGAUUUUUCACCAUCUCGAACAGUGCUACUGCCCCACCUCCGCUUCCACUGUAUGCUCCGUCAGCAACGUCGCAGAAAGAAACAAUCAACUAGGUCUCCGAUGCAACCGGAAAUUACUGUUUGAUUUGGUUGAUGAAAUUCUGGGGGAGAUUCUAAAACCAUGGGGAAAACAAGACAGUAGUUGCCCCGGAUCUGAUGUAUUAGCUUCCCAAUUGAUGGCGGAAGCAGUGUGCAAAAGAAUACGAAGCUUCCCGGAAGCAAAUUGUGAAGUGCUGGAAGACAUUGAUGCGUUGAUCGAAAGAGAGGAUUUGGGGAAGAUGACGAAAGAGGGAUUAGCUUGUAAAGAAGAAGAAGAAGGAAUGUUAGUGGAAGAAAUCGAAAGGAGCAUACUGGAGAUGCUCUUGCAUGAGGCGCUUGGGCCAUGCGGCCUAGAGUAGCAUACGACGUCGUUUACUGGGAACAAGAUUCAGAGCGGGCGUCACAUGGAGGCAUCAUCAUGGGCAGGGAUGGGCGAUUCCCGUGAAGAGAUGGUGGGGUCCAGUGCAGGUCGGGUUUUGGACACGUGAAUUUUGACUGCCAGGACGGAACUCUUUUUUGAUUGGUCAGGUCUAGGGACAACAGGAAUCAUAUCAAUAAAAAUUAAAAUGUUCAAUAUUCAACUUCCAAUACUAGUUUAGGAAGGAAAAAA